CGCGUUUUACAUCGUUGACAUUGCAAUUUGCUAAGAUCGUUGGCAGAAUGUGGAGUAAAACGUGUACAUUCGUAAUUGCAUUUUUGUGUGUGAUAGUGCAGCAUAAUGUGACAUAUGCCAAAAGGAUAUUGGUUAUAGCAAAUUUUCCGUCAUACAGUCAUCAAAUAUCUUAUCGCGGCUUAUGGCUAGAAUUGCAUAGACAAGGUUAUGAGAUUGUGGUGGCGACUACCGAUCCUAUCAAAAAUUCUUCUUUAACUAAUUAUACAGAGAUUGACUUAAAAUACUUUUACAAUGGUUUUCCUGAAUAUAAAACGCUACCGUACACCAGUCUUACCACGGCGGUUCUUGAGGUUCCACUUUUAGAACUAGAACGGCAAUUUAUAUGGUUCAUAGCACACAUCUUGAAUCGAGAGGUUUUUAAAAAUCCGGAGAUGAAAAAGUUAUACGCGGCUAGCAGCAAUGAGCACUUUGACGCAGUUAUCGUAGCUCAGGGCCCGACAAUUUCGAUGAAUGCUUUCGCAUACAGAUUUAACGCUCCUCUCAUAGGUAUUUCAAGCCUGGACGUGUACAAUCAUAUGCGCUAUACGUUUGGAUCCUUGAUUCUUCCAUCCCAUAUUUCCAAUUGGCAGACCAAUGUACCGGUUGAAAAUAACAUGUCAUUUUGGAGGAGACUCGUUAACUUUUAUGAAGUAUGGAAGCAGAUGUAUUCCUGGGCGAAUGAACAUACUGCUAUAGAGGAUGCGCUCGUGAAAAAAUACUUAGGAGAAGAUCUACCGCAUAUCGACGACAUAACGAGGAACAUGAGCAUAUACCUCGUAAACAGACAUCCAGCGUUUUUGCACGGCAGACCCGAACAACCGAACGUCAUAUUUUAUCAUGGUUUUCAUAUUGCAAAAGUACCGGAUGCGCUGCCAAAAAAUGUAAAACAGUUUCUUGACGACGCGAAGGAAGGAUUUAUUUACGUUAGUCUUGGAACCAAUGUUAAAUGGGAGGAUCUACCAAACAAUACGUUUGAGGCUUUCGUUGACGCAUUCUCCGCUUCGCCGUACAAAAUUGUUUGGAAAUUCAAUCCUGAUCUGUUACCCAGGAAUUCUAAAAAUAUACUGGCGUUGCAAUGGUGCCCUCAGCAAAGCAUUCUCGCUCACCCAAAUAUCAAGUUAUUUAUUUACCAAGGCGGCCUUCAGAGUACUGAAGAAGCCGUUUAUUACGGGGUUCCACUCAUAGGAUUUCCCAUUCUAUGGGAUCAAAUAUAUCAAGUGCGAAAUCUCGUAAGACUAGGUGCCGGAGUUCAUCUUCAGAUUGAUAAUCUUUCGAAAGAAAUAGUUGAAGCCACUAUACAUGAAGUUAUAAGCAACACAAGUUAUAAAGAUCGGGUGCAACAUCUAAGUAGACUCUUUAAAGAUGCACCGUACGAUAGUCUUCAAAAUGCAGUACGGUGGAUUGAGUACGUGAUACGACAAAAUGGGACGUCUUUCUUGCGAAACAGUCUUUGCGAUGAGCCGUGGUAUCAGCGAUAUGACUGGGACAUCAUCGGAUUUCUCGCCAUAAUAUUGUUUAUUACAUCCCUUAUUUCUAUAUGGGCACUACUUCUGAUUUUACGAUUUCAUUUACGAAUAAUAUCAUACUCUUUGUGGUAAUGGUAAUGAUAAUUAACUUGAAGAUUUUUGUCUUCACGUAUAGCAUUUAAAAUCAUUUUAAAUUAUACCAUAUGAUUUUUUAAAUAAAAAAAAUUAAAAAUGAAACAGAAUAUUUUUUUAAAUAUAUGCAAUAACAAUUAAACAUAUAUAUUGAGUCUAUAUUAUAUCAUUCAAGAUACUCAAUCUAUCGUCACGUAAUACUUGUCUCAUAUACAUAUGUAUAAUGACGAUGUGCAGGUAUAUGUAUACCAAUUAUCAUGUACCAUAAUUUUAUAAAAUUCUAUGUAACAAUAAUAUUAAAAAAGAUUUAUAUUAAUUAUGUAAAAAUCAUUGAAAAAAAAAUCACAUUAAAUUAGAUAUUAUAAAAGAUAUACACAUUUAAAAUUACUAACAGAAGAAUUACUGUAGAAAAGUUUGCUUUCUAGUAAUUUUGAACAAAAUUUUAUUUAAGAAGAUAAGAUAAAAUUUUAACGAAAAGUUUUCAUUAACAUUUAAGAGGAACUUUUAAGAUAGGAUGCAUUGCAUGUCUUGAUUAUAAAUUUCAGGUAACACAUAAACGACAAAAAGAGUAUAAUUGUAGUGCGCAUAUCUUUUCCAUCUACAGGUCCAUGUGAAAUUACAAUUAAACAUUAAA